CUGCGGGCGGGCGGACUGGUGGGAAACUCCGUAUCUAAAAGUACUCGGCAAGCCGCCUCACUUGGGGACUUCAUCUCCCAGGGUGCUAUGCGGACAACCUGACAGAGGACUCUGUUUCCCAGAGCGCCCCGCGGGAGGCUUGGCAGUGACCGCCACAACUCACCCACUGCCUAGGACUGGACACUCCCUACCUCUUUCCUGCGCGGUGUGCAGCGGCGCGAUGGACAGCCCCGAGGUGACCUUCACGCUAGCCUACCUGGUUUUCGCUGUGUGCUUCGUGUUCACGCCCAACGAAUUCCAUUCGGCCGGGCUCACUGUACAGAAUCUGUUGUCGGGCUGGCUGGGCAGCGAAGACGCCGCCUUCGUGUCCUACCACCUGCGUCGCACGGCCGCCACGCUGCUGUGCCAUUCGCUGCUGCCACUGGGGGCGUCUGUGCUCUCCUGGAUCUGAGGCGCCCACCCCUGCUCUGACCUGCGCGUGAGACUCAGCCGGACCCGGGAUCCAGUAUUGGACCAUCACCGUGGUUGGGGCGCAGGAAUCCUUCAACGUGGUACUACAUGGGCAUGUGCUUUGCAGCCUCAGAAAAGCAGCUCUACUCCCCCAGUCAGGCUCCGGAGGCCUGGCAGUUCUUCCUUCUCUUGGCUGUGAUGCUCCCCUCUAUCUCCUGUACCCUGAUUUACUACUGGUCCUGGGACCGGUGGGCUCGACACCCACUAGCCCAAACCCUGGCCCUCUACGCCCUUCCACAGUCGGGCUGGCAGGCGGUUGCUUCUUCCAUCAACACAGAGUUCCGACGGAUUGACAAAUUUGCUACUGGGGCAUCUGGUGCUCGUGUAAUUGUGACAGACACAUGGGUACUGAAGGUGACCACAUACCGUGUGCAUGUGGCCCAGCAGCAAGCUGUGCACCUGACUGUGACAGAGUCUCGGCAGCAUGAGCUUUCGCCAGACUCAAAUCUACCUGUGCAGCUCCUUACCAUCCGUGUAGCAAGCAUCAAUCCUGCCGCACAGUCCUUUGACAUCCGGCUGAACUCAACAGAAUACGGUGAGCUGUGUGAGAAGCUUCAAGCCCCUAUCCGCAGUGCAGCCAAUGUGGUCAUCCGCCAGAGCCUAGGUGACCUGUUCCUGGAGACAUUUGCCUCCCUGGUGGAGGUCAAUCCAGCCUAUUCGGUGCCCAGCAGCCAGGAGCUUGAGGCCUGUAUAGGCUGCAUGCAGACGCGGGCUAGUGUGAAGCUGGUGAAGACCUGCCAGGAACCAGCUGUGGGCGAGUGCCAGCAGUGCUACUGCCGACCCAUGUGGUGCCUCACUUGCAUGGGCAAGUGGUUUGCCAGCCGCCAGGACCCCCAGCGUCCGGACACUUGGCUGGCUAGCCGUGUGCCCUGCCCCACCUGCCGUGCACGCUUCUGCAUCCUGGACGUAUGUACUGUGCGUUGAUCAAGACAGCAGUUCUGUGCCUCCACCAGCCACUCACUCAUGGGAGCCUCAGCAAAGGGCCCUAGUCAAAGCACACACCUGCAGCCAUUUUGGUUUAACUUUAAAAGAAAUUCACAUGGAAAUGUAUCCCUGGAGCCUUUAGCACCUCUUUUUGCUUACCUUUUUCCAGAUGGGGCCUGGUACUCCACACAGAGCUCUAGGACCCUGAGACUGUGGGUUCUGGCCUAACAGUCUUCACCUGGUCACUUUGCCUUAACCUUACUAUGGAGCUCAUCCAUCCCUCAGUUAUAAGCCAGGCCUAUAUCUUGUCCCAGGUCCAUCCAGGAACUGCUUACUGGCCCUGUGGUACUGAGAACACCCCCCACCACCACCACAACACAUCUAUGGAGUUCUGUUUGGAGGACCCCAGAGCAACAGUGUUGAGGGUGACUACAAGUGUCACUCUAGCAAAAUUUUUACCUAGUUUUCUGGUGGCCUCUGGUGUUCUCAGCUUUUUUCUCAGCUUUUUCAGCCAGCCAUGGGACAGUUCUUGGGUGGGGCAGCAAGAGCAGCAACCUAGAGUUAGGCCAGGAUGCCCCCAUUAACUUAUGGGAGCUGCCCAUGGCCUAGGGGCCCUAGUAUCUUCUGCUCCAACAGUACAGGGAAAGUCAAGACCCCAGACUCUUGGCCCCAGGGAGGUGUUUGGGUGAGCUGAGGAUCAGAGCCACAGCACUAUCCAAAAAGAAAGCCCACCAGAGAUUCAACACAGGGUCAGCCACUACUACUGUGGGCUGCCUGGAUCAGGAUACCCCGGUGGCUGUGAAUGGCAUACUACCCAAUUGUCCAGCGUGCAGGUGGGAAGCCGGGAGAGGCUGUCUUUCACCACCCAGCUUUGACUAAGGCAUAAUGCGGAAGCUCCUACAGCUUGUUGGUUAAAGCAGGGAUGACAGACCCAGCCAUCACCUUUGUCAAGGCUGUACCUCACCCCAGGUCCUGCCAGCUGCUGAAGGGUGGCCAGAAGUCAGCAGUUUCAAGCCUGCCUAGGAAAGACUAGGUGGUUUUGGGUUAUUUUUACAAAGGAAAGCUAAUUUUGUAAAAUCAAACGUAGCUAAAUGAAUACAAUAUUUAAUAAAGUUUUAGUUUCUAAGUUCCA